AUGGCAAUCACAAUUGUCAACCUGGUGCAAGUCUUUAUAAUGAUUUUUAUAGUGGAUAUCAGAUAAUGUAUUAAAAGCAAGAAAUCAAAUGCAUAAGCAGAAUAUUUCUCAAGUGCAUGAAAUCACCGGAUAAAACAUCUUGAACCCACCAGAUAAAAUAUCCCAAAUUCCUAGCAUAUAUUAAUUGCAGCUCUCCCUUUGCCUCUUCAAACCUUAAUUUCCUUUCAGGAUCGUAAGUACACAGGCUUGGAAUCACCAACAAGAGCUGAAAGAGAAAAUUGAGUAUGCCAUUCUUCAAAACGUAGUGAAUUCUGUGAUCGCAGAAGCUAUGAUUGAGGUCAUUGUAGAGUAAUUGAUUGAUGCCCUCAAGAAACAAGUUGAUGCUUACAAGGUCAAAAGAAAGGAGGAAACUGUAAAGACAACAUUAAGCAUGCUCAGAGAACUGGUUUAUGAUGCAGAGAACAUACUGACAGAUUGCCUACUCAGAACAGAAUAAUGGAAACAAGGAUUUCACUUGAAGAACUUCUACCGGAUUGAACUGAUUUUCCAGUAUCGAACAGGGAAAAAGUUGAAAAAUAUCAAUGAGAGAAUUGAAAAGAAGCAGAAGAUACUAAAAUCAUAUUUCAAGACAAUUGGACAACGGAGCAUACAUGAUGAUUGUGGUAGCAUAGGGAUGAGGUGGACUUCACCGGUUUAUGAUGAAUCUACUAUAGUUGGUUUGACAGAAGACACGAAAAAUAUAUUGGUUGGAUUCUUCCUGAAAGCAGGAUAUUGCACCAAGUGGGGAUUGUGGGGAUGGGAGGUUUGGGGAAAACAACCAUCACACAGAAGAUAUUUAACAACAAACAAGUUGUUGAUCGCUUUGAGAAGAGAAUUUGGGUCUCAAUAUCUCAAACUUUUAACGAGGAAGAGAUCAUGAAGACCAUGUUGAAACAAUUAGGAGAGGAUGUAAAUGGAUUAGACAUGGCUCAAAUGCUGCCGAAGAUUAAACAAGCACUUGAAAAUAGAAAUUAUCUGAUAGUGAUGGAUGAUGUAUGGAGCGCUGAAGGCUGGUGGGACAAUAUAUGUGCUGGGCUACCAAAGAGGGAGGGGAAAAGCAGUGGCAUAAUAAUCACAACAAGGAUAGAAAAUCUUGCAACUGAAAUGGGGGUUGAGAAGGCAAGAAUUCAUCAGCCAAGGAUUCUGAAUGAAGAAGAAAGUUGGGCACUCUUUAGUAGAAUUGCAUUUGCAUUAGAUGCAGAAGCACAACAACAUUCUGAUUUAGAAGAAGUGGGGAAAGACAGUGAGAAAAUGUGGAGGCUUACUGAAAUCAAAAAACUCAACGUACAGAAGUUUGGAGAAGGAUAUCUAACAAUUUCCAGGAUGUGCUGGCCACAAGAGAGUGAAAAUUCUAUCAUGGCUUCUUUACAACUUAGUUACGAUGAGCUUCCUAUCCGCCUUAAGCAAUGUUUAUUGUGCUUUUCCAUGUACCCGGAGGACUCUGAGAUAUGGGCAGAGCAGUUAGCUCGUUGGUGGGUUGGCGAGGGUUUUAUUGAGGGAAAAGGAACAAGAACUGCCAUGGAAAUGGCCUUUGAUUAUAUAUCCGAACUCAUCAGCAGAUGCCUAGUUGAAGCUGUACAACAAAGAGGUUACGAUGGAAGAGUGUACAGUUGCAAGAUGCAUGAUCUGGUGAGGGAUUUGACAAUCAAAAUAGCCAAAGAGCAGAUGUUUUGCAGUUUUGAUGAAUAAGGCAGGCAACGACUCUUAGCAGAAUCUCGGUGUUUGGGUUUUAUAAAUGAAACAGAAGUAAAACCAAUAAGCAAAAAAUCAAAGCUCCGGGCAUUGCUGGUGAUGACAAACUCCCCAAUUCAAUUUAGUAGCAAAUUUGAAUUGUUUGCAAUUAAGCCACUCAGGGUGUUGGAUUUCUCACAAGGUAGACUGGAAAAUGUUAGCAUCGCUGGCCUAUUAAAUUGGAUCAGUUCCCUUGAACGCCUAGCAUAUCUAAAUUUAAGGGGG